AUGUCGACAUUGGCUUAUCUAAUUUCUGAUUCUUCUGAAGAAUCCUCUUACGAAAGCGCCCAAUGUUCUCUUCAGAAAACAGAAAAACGUGUUGAACCUAAUAACAUCAAAGGAAAACAAUCGCAAAUAUUACAGCAACAAGAAUACGGCGGGGCGGAGAAAUGUGCAAUUACCUUGCGGUCAAGCCCAAGUAAAAAAACGAAAAUUGAAUUAGUUCAUAAGUAUCUCAUGAGCUUAGUAAUGAACUCGAAAUUUCCAAGUUCUGCAAGAGAUAUAAAGAUGAAUUGGAGGAGGAAAC